AUCCUGCGCGCCCGGCCCGGCCGCCCGUCGGCUCCCGCGGCGGCGGCGGAAGGGGCGGUGGCGGCAGCGGCACCGCCUGCGGUGCCCCGGAAACACCGCCCGGGCCCGGCAUGGCGGAGGAGGGACUGGGGCAGGGACUGGGGCAGGGACAGGGAGAGGAGGAGGCGGCCGCGCUGGCCUGGAUGGACCAGGCGCUCGACGUGGCUAAAGAGGCGCUGGAGAAAGGGGAGGUUCCCGUGGGCUGCCUGCUGGUGUACGACGGCGAGGUCAUAGGCAGGGGUAGGAACGAAGUCAACGAGACGAAGAACGCUACUCGACAUGCAGAAAUGGUAGCGAUCGAUCAGGUCCUUGACUGGUGCAAGCAACACAACAGAGAUUAUACGGAAGUGUUUCCACAAUUGGUAUUGUAUGUAACUGUAGAGCCCUGUAUCAUGUGUGCAGCUGCUGUGCGCUUGAUGAAAAUUCCACGGGUUGUAUAUGGUUGUCGAAAUGAGCGAUUUGGAGGCUGUGGCUCAGUUUUGAGCAUCUCAUCUGAUGAUAUGGUGGACACAGGAGACCCAUUUGAAUGCACUUCUGGCUAUCGUGCCGAAGAAGCGGUGGAGUUGUUAAGAGCUUUCUACAGACAAGAAAAUCCCAAUGCACCAAAAUCAAAAGUAAGGAAAAAGGAUCGUCGUAAGUAGACGCACUCGGGAGGGAGAAAGAAACUUACCAAAAAAUUAUAUGUGAAGGUUUCUUCAGUGUCCUUGUGUAAAAUGUACAGUUCAAUCAAACUAUGUCUGAUUUUCUGUACGGAGUUUUUACUAAUAGGAUACUUACUACUUCUUCCUGUGUUUCUAUGUAUGUGAUUUCUUGCUAUCAUAAUGACCAAAAAAAAGAAUAAAUGGCUGUUUUUUAGAAAGAGGAAAAUUUGUGGUUCAAGUUGUUUACAGACAGAUGGAUCCAUUAAAAUGAUGGCAUUUUGUACAGCACGUUUGCUUAGGCAAGUAAGUAAAUCUCUUUAAAUCUCUUGGAAGGUUACAUUUGUAAGUCCUUUAUAGUCCAUGUGUGUGUAUUGAAUCAAAAGGCAUAUAAAGGAAUUAUACAGUCCUUGAAGACUUGAGAAAAGACCACUGUAAAUGUUUCUUCAUUGUUUUUUACACCCCCUCUAGCACAAGCCAGAUUUUCAGACAUGAUUUCUGAAAGUCACAUACCUGUGCAGACAGGUACAUAUGGACGAUCACGUCUCUGUGUGUGCUGUUGCUUAAUAAGGUGAGCAAACAUCACUUGGCUCCACAGCAUCUUCAUACAAAGUUGUGGAGAAACUCUCUACAACUCUCUUUAGACUGUCCACUCUGCUUGUGAAUAUUAGUUUAAGAAAUGCUUUAUUUUUAACAAUCCACUAAGAAGUUGAAGCUGUUGUCAGCUACUAAAUUAUAGUAAUUGAGACAGGCAGAUACAAAUGAAAACCAGGAAAUUGGUAAUAGCACGAAUAAAAAAUAUUUAAGAUGAUUAUCUUUU